AGACGUACGACGUGCACCGGAAAUUCCCAGCAGUACUUUCUAGAAUUUCUUGAGUAGCUAACCCGAGUGAAUCAGUUUUCAUUUUAGAUUUCAUCUUGGCAAAACGACGGGUCUUCCAACUCACUUUUGAGUUAAGCAUCUUUGCUUCAUCUUAGAUUCGGUAGGCAGCGGAUCGCACUAGCCCCCACAAAGCUAACGCUACCUGCUUUGAGCUUCUUUAAUCAUGUCCAAAAUAGACUACAGCGUGUGGGACCACAUUGAGGUGUCGGACGACGAAGAUGACACCCACCCAAACAUCGACACUCCGAGCCUCUUCAGGUGGAGACACCAGGCCCGCGUGGAUCGAAUGGAAGAAUUCCAGCAAAAAACACAAGACCUCAACAAGGGACUCGCCGAGUGCCGACGCAAGAUGUCAGAAGUACAAAAGAAAAUCCAGGAGCUGAGCGUAUCGGCGACGGACGAAAGCAAAGCCGACCUGAGCAAAGUGCAGGCGGAGGAGAAGAAACUGAAGAAGGAGCAGCGUGACUGGGAGAGGAAGGUGGAAGAUCAUGCUCGGGAAGAGAAGAAGAUGCCGUGGAAUGUGGACACGCUGAGCAAAGAAGGCUUCAGCAAGAGUGUUGUCAACGUCAAACCCGAAGCGUCGGAGGAGUCCGAAGAGGACAAAGAGAAGAAGCAUAAGACCUUUGUGGAAAAAUAUGAGAAGCAGAUCAAACAUUUUGGCAUGCUGCGGCGCUGGGAUGACAGCCAAAAGUACUUGUCUGACAACCCUCAUCUGGUGUGCGAGGAGACGGCCAACUACCUGGUCAUUAUGUGCAUUGACCUCGAAGUGGAGGAGAAACAUGCCUUGAUGGAGCAAGUGGCUCAUCAGACCAUCGUCAUGCAGUUCAUACUGGAGUUGGCGAAAAGUCUCAAGGUGGACCCCCGAGGAUGCUUUCGGCAGUUUUUUGCCAAGAUCAAGACAUCAGAUCAGCAGUAUCAGGAUGCGUUCAACGACGAGCUGGAGUCUUUCAAGGAGCGAGUGCGCGGCAGGGCCAAGAUUCGCAUCGAGAAGGCCAUGAAGGAGUACGAGGAAGAAGAGCGACAGAAGCGCUUAGGACCCGGCGGACUCGAUCCCGUUGACGUCUACGAGAGUCUACCACAGGAGAUGCAGAAAUGCUUUGACGACAAGGACAUCCAAAUGUUACAAGACGUCAUUAGCAAAAUGGAUCCAACGGAGGCCAAAGUGCACAUGAAGCGCUGCAUCGAGUCCGGGCUUUGGGUGCCCAAUUCCAAGCUGGGCGACGGCGACGACAAAGACGAAGAGGCCGUCUACGAGGACGUGAAAGAGGAGCCUGAAGACGCCAAGCAGGACUGACCGACAGGGAGAGCCUUUGCGAAUGUACUUAAUUAAACCCUGCUGCAAACUCAUGGCAACUCUC